UUGCACUGGCUUGGAUUAUCCGGGGAGUCCUCAUCAACUUUCUUCGUAAUUUACUGUGCCUGCUCCGACACUUUGGAGGAGCGUUCGGUUGAAUAAAGUGCUGGGUGCUAUCAUGGAGCCUCUCGCACCUCCAGGGGGACUUCUUUAACAGAGUGAUGGCUUUAGUGCUUUAGUGUGAACUGUGUGCGAUCUGUCCGAGGAAGGGGAAAAAAAAGUCCCCAUGGGCUUGUUGUUGCUGCUGUCUGCUUUCUAUUUGCAUGAUAUUUCUUCCCCCUUUUUCAGCCUUAUCACUGCUUCGCUGUGAGGAAGGGAGCGCUGGCUGCCGUCUCAGAGGUUGGACCCAAGCUUUAUCAGCAGGCACGUCACUUUUGGAUGGCACUAUGACGCUGGAACAAUUUGAGCGCUCAUAAGGACGCAGGAACUUGAAGAUUUCACAGGAUAAUCCACGGGUGGGAUGAAGAACUAAAGUCUAGAAGAGAGAGUUUGUGGCAGUAUGUCUAAACCGAUGGAUCACGUCAAGCGCCCGAUGAACGCCUUCAUGGUCUGGUCCAGAGCCCAGCGCAGGAAAAUGGCUCAGGAGAACCCGAAGAUGCACAACUCCGAGAUCAGCAAGCGGCUGGGAGCGGAGUGGAAACUUCUCACCGAGUCCGAGAAGAGGCCGUUCAUCGACGAAGCCAAGCGGCUCAGGGCGAUGCACAUGAAGGAGCAUCCAGACUAUAAGUACAGACCGAGGCGGAAGCCCAAGACUUUGAUGAAAAAAGAUAAGUUUUCCUUCCCGGUGCCCUACAAUCUCGGGGAGCACGACGCGCUCAAAGUUAGCGGACUUUCCGCCGGAGCGCUCUCCGAAUCCAUGAUGGGGAACCCGGACAAGGCGGCGGCGGCUGCGGCGGCCGCGGCUGCGAGGGUCUUCUUCAACCCGUCCAUGUCCGCGAACCCGUACUCUUUUUUCGACCUGGGAUCCAAGAUGACCGAGCUCUCCCCGCCGUCCUUUCCUUACGCAUCUCCUUUGGGCUACCCGCCGGGAGGCGCGGCGUUCACCGGGACUGGCGGCGUUGGCGGCGGGACGCACGCCCACACUCACUCGCACCCGUCGCCGGGUAACCCGGGCUACAUGAUCCCGUGUAACUGUACGGCCUGGCCCUCGGCGGGGCUCCAGCCGCCCUUAGCCUACAUCCUGCUGCCCGGGAUGGGGAAACCUCAACUUGAACCUUACCCUGCAUAUGCUGCGGCGUUAUGAUAAUUCCGCUUCAGAGAUGUGACUGAUCUGUUCAUGCAAGAUUUUUUUUUUUUUUUUGUUAUGCAUGCAAAAAAGAAAAAAACUUGUACAUGUGAUGAAGUGCUCGUCCUCUCAGAUAUCACAUGUGUAUGUACAUUGAUUAAUGCCUUUAUCUAAGGUAAUGCUUAUUUAGAGAACUCUCUAAUCCACCGUUGCUCUGCCAGGAAGAUGACUCGACAAGGAGCACAGAUUUGAGCUGUUGAGCAUCUUUUUCACCUGCAGGACUGACCUGUUGGAAUCAAUGGCCAAUGGGGCCAAUGACCCCCUCCUGCUCCUCUCAUCAGGACCACAAUUGUUUACUUUCAGCUAGGGAGGGG